AUUUGACCUCGUUGUGUUGUCACCAUUUAAGGGGACGUUUAUCACCAGAACCUAGGCUUUACCAUGAUCACAAUUCCUUCCCGCUCGCCUUGAAAUAAUCCUGAAUUUCGCUGCGCAGGAGAUUAGUCAACACUCUUCCUUUCCAUGUCACACAUACGAUACGGGGGAGGCCGAGGUCAAUACCAGGCCAAGGAAUACAAAAAUCUAUUCACACCCAUUGGCGGCCCCGCCGGAUUACCGAGAUAUGUGAGAUCAAUUUUAGGAAAUUGAAUUGAAUUGGGUUGAAUUGAAUCGAAUCGAAUCGAAUCGAUGCGAUGUCGAUAGAGAGGGUCGUGGGAUUAUUAAUUAUAGCGUUUUUGCUUGGGGCGAAGGUGGAUGCUUCUAUUCAUGCGUAUAACAAUGGCAGAUUUUCUGCGCAGGGGAACUCCUUUUUCUUCUACGGUGGAAGUGAGGGGCUCUACGCCGCCCCUCAAACUGGCAAAGAUGGAGAAGCAAAGGGCAAGUCAUUCAUCAAAUUUGAAUCAAUCAUUUUCACGAGAACUAAGGAUUCUGCUCUUCGUCACCAAGAAAUGGAGCAUAACACAGGACUUAUUGAAGCAAUAGUGUUCGAAAUAAAAGACAGGGAUAAGAUUGGGGGAUCCAUUUCUGUGGGUUCCACUGCCCUUUGCUGUACCCAUGAUCUUGCCAAAGCAGAUGGUUGCACACAGGGGGAAAUUAUUGUGCACCAAUCUGAGGAAGGAGGUUGGCCUAAACGCAUAUCCAUUGUUUUUAGGGGAAAUGAUGUGACUGCAGUGAUGCCACCAAAUUCUAUCACAAUCAAUAAAACUGGCAUGUACAACCUGUAUUUUAUGUUUUGUGAUCCAAAACUUAAAGGCACUGUAAUCAAUGGUAAAACUAUCUGGAAGAAUCCCAUGGGCUAUUUGCCAGGGAGAAUGGCACCCUUCCUGAAAUUUUAUGGCUUCAUGUCAUUGUCUUACCUUAUACUUGGACUCAUUUGGUUUGUUCAGUAUGUUCGUUGUUGGAAAGAUAUAUUGCAGCUUCAGAACUGUAUUACUAUAGUGAUUGCUCUUGGCAUGUGUGAGAUGGCUAUGUGGUAUUUUGAAUAUUCCAACUUCAAUGCAACUGGACACAGACCUAUUGACAUCACUAUCUGGGCAGUCACAUUUGGGUCUAUUAAGAAGACUGUGUCUCGUCUUCUUCUUCUUGUGGUGUCCAUGGGCUAUGGUGUCGUAAGGCCAACACUUGGUGGGCUUACAUCAAAAGUGGUUUUUCUUGGAGCAGUUUACUUUGUUGCUUCGGAAGCACUGGAGCUUGUAGAAAAUGUUGGGAACAUUAAUGAUCUUUCUGGAAAAGCAAGAUUAUUUCUUGUUCUACCAGUUGCUGUUUUGGAUGCUUUCUUUAUUCUAUGGAUCUUCACUUCAUUAUCGAAAACUUUGGAAAAGUUGCAGGCACGGAGAAGCUUUGCAAAGCUUGAGCUUUAUAGAAAGUUUACAAACUUAUUGGCAGUGGCAGUUGUUCUUUCUGUUGCUUGGAUUGGCUAUGAGUUAUAUUUCAAGGCAACAGAUCCCUUCACGGAACGUUGGCAAAAUGCCUGGAUUAUUUCUGCAUUUUGGACAUUUCUUGCAUUUGUACUACUGUGUGUCAUCUGUGCCUUGUGGGCUCCAUCUCAUAAUGCAACACGGAAAGUUAUUUUUGAGCCAUUGUCAAUUUCUUGACAGAUACGCAUACUCGGAAGAAACUGGGGAGGAUUUUGAUGAUGAUGAAGCAGUUGCUCUGACAGCUGGAGAUGUGAAAUCCACUCUUGAUGUUGCAAGCAGAAUAGACAGGAAAGGAAGGGUUGUUAAUACUGAUGUUUUUAAUCUUGCAGAGGAUCUUGAAGAAGAUAAAAGAGAAUAAUUCUUAUUUGUCACACCGUAUGGGCGUUCAAAAUUGGUCUUCAACAAUUGUAACCCACUCAACUAUUUUUCCCUGAAUUAAUGUUCACAUAGAUUUUACAGACAACUCUUUACUUUUUUGUAAAUUACCAUGGAUAAGGAACAUGCAAAGUUUUGUCCUGUUGGGAAUGCUAAAUUGGCAUUUCAAUUUAGUAACGGUUUGUAUUGGUAGACAAGUUUUUGUUAAAUGCUAAGUGGGGUUUCACUUUAA